ACCCCAAAAGAUUUUUUCUUUUCUUGAAACAAACCUUACAACAGCUAGGAAGUUCCCUUUACAAUUUCCCCACGAAAAAACAAAACAUGUUGAAGAGCAAAAAACCAAAAAACUCCAACUCCAUUUUCUCUUACCCUUUGAUUCCUCUUGAAGCUCACACACAUUCUCUAGCUCCCAUGGAUGUCUCCAAAGUUGAACAACAACCUCCUCACUGCUACGCUCCUAUUCCUUGCCAGCACGACCAAAACUACGUCGUUUUACCCUUUUACCACCCCACCAUCCGCCGCCCUUCUUUGCGUAUAUUCAUCAUUUCCAUCGUCGUCUUCCUCCUCCUCGCUGCUCUCGUCUACCUCUUCUUGCCGUCUGAUCCCUCCCUCAAGAUCGUCCGGCUACGGCUAAACAAAUUGCAUAUCCACACCUUGCCCAUAAUCAGCAUUGAUGUAUCAUUGCAUCUCACUGUAAAGGUACGUAACCUGAACGUGUAUUCCAUGGAUUUUAGGCACAUCGAUGUGUCUCUCAAGUAUAGAGGGAAGAGGCUGGGGAAGGUGAGAUCAGGGCAAGGGCACGUAAGGGCCCUAGCAUCAUCCUACGUGGAUGCUGAGAUGGAGUUUAAUGGGGUCAGGAUUCUGUCGGACGUGGUGUACUUGCUUCAGGACUUGGCUAGGGGCAGGGUGCCCUUGGGUACUGCUACAGUGUUCACUGGCAAGCUUGGGUUCUGGUUCUUUGAGUUCCCUUUGAAGGCAAAAAUGUCAUGUGAAGUAUUGGUAAACACAAACAGCCAGACAAUCGUUCGACAAAAUUGUCUCUCCGAGGUAUACAUAGAGAAAAAGAAAGAGGCUGUCCCUUGACGACGAGGACUGAUAUGUGCUUUGAUGGUCCAGAAUAAGUGAAGUUGAUGGCCAUGGGGGAGAGAUGCUGCAUGCACCAGAAGCUAAAAGCUAAGUGGAUUUCCCUUCGUUUGUACAUAAGAAGGGUUGGGUAUCAGAAACCAGCUGAAACUUCCAUAAAUUUAAUUGCAAUUAUUUGUAUAUGCCUGUUUCUGUUAUGCUUGUAUUUUUUUCUUUUUCGUUCAUUUCUCCUAUAAUAUUGUUAUUAGGCAGUGAUGGAAAUGUAAUCGACUGUGUAUUUUACUAUAUAUUUGUUAGGAGAAUUAAUUCCUAUAUUUAUAA